AUGCGCAUUCCAGCUGCAUCGACAUCAUCUAAAAGUUUAAGUAAUUCUGCUAUUAUAUCUUCAAUGCAUUCAUCAAAACAAAAUUCUUCUGUUGACGAACAACAAGAAUUUUCAUCGGACAUUGAUAAUGUUAAAAUUGGAGUACGAGCAAAUACUCCAUCAAGUAUAACUGGUAAUCGUUCUGACAUUGAUUCACCUGUUCGUAGUUAUGCACUUAUUGAAACUGAUCCCAAUGAACUUGAUCGUAUUAUUGAUGUUUUACGACAAUUUUUUCCUAAUACACGCAUUGUUGAGUGCAAUAGUGCUUCAUCAAAUCCAAGUCGUACACCAAGCCGUUCAUCAUUAGCAACAGCACCACAACAGACAUCAAUUGAAUCCAAUAGUAGUUUGCGUGCUCCAACAUCACUAGCGAAUCGUUAUGCAUUACAAAGUCGUAGCUUAUCCGAAAAAUCAUCAUUUGAUAGUGAUAUUUUACAGAUUGCAGCAAUAAGCACAUCGGACAAUUCAAAUAGUUAUCCAAAUGAUCUAUUGUCAUCGAAUUCAAAUUCUCAAGCAUUCAAAGGUAAAGUGAAAGAUUAUUUACAACGUCGUUACUUAGAACAAAUUAAUGAACAUCAAGCACGUAAAGAAACAUUCUUAAAAUGUCGCAGUGAUGAAUCAAAUUAUGAUUGUAUAAAAAGUGAACCAUCAUCAACGCUGGUUCAAAGUUGUGAACACAUAUCAAACCAAGACAAUAAUUAUCAUCGUGAACAUCAUUAUCAUCAUUAUCAUCAUAAUCGUCAUCAUACUUUGUUAAAUUCUUCUUCAACACCAUCAACAAUACAUAAAUCAAAUACAACAGUAAAAGCUCGUUCAUUUGAUUCAUCAACUGCUUUACUUCAACAUUCUGUAUCGGAUACAAAUUUAUGUUGUGCCGUAAGUGCAUCAGGUACAAAUUUUAUUCAAUCACAAACUGGAAAUAUUAUACGCUCACAAAGUAAACGUGGUUUAUUGCAACGUUGUGAAACUAUCGAUAUGGAAGAUGCACCAACAACGAAUGUCGAUGAUGAACAUAUGAAAUCAUUACCAACAUCACCCAUUACUAUUGAAAAACUAGAUGCCGGUAAAAUUACAUUUAGUAUUGAUCGACCUGAUGAUGAGGAUGAUGAUAAUGAUGAUGAUGAUGAUAAUGAUGACGAUGUCGAUAAUAAUAAUCAUCAUCAUCAUCACACUAGAUCUCAGCCUAUUCCACCAAUUAUUCGACACGAAGAAAAUUCUCUUCGAUUUCGACAUUCAUAUUCAGAACAAAAAGCUACCGAUGAAUCAACUAAUAAGAAUAGUUUAUUUGUACCUUUUCGACAUUCAUUUGAACAACAAAAUGAAAAACGAACAUAUUCAACAGGUUUAACAACAAUGCCAUGUACAAACAAUGUACCCUUACCGAUUGCACCUUAUUCAGCAUCAAGUGAUCCCGGUCCAUAUCUUUCACCAUGGGCUCAUACUCCAACAAAUCCGUAUAGUUUAGCGAAUUUUCAUUUUCCAAAAAGUCAAAAAAAUGCUGUUGCGAACGCGCAAGGUACUAUUGCUCAGUUAUCAACAUUAACACAGUUUUUAUGCGAUGAACCAAGCGUAUUUACAUCAAUAAGUCCAAGAUUUAAAACAGAAGCACAAGAUUCCAAUAAUAUGCAAAAUCCAUUGUCCGUACCACCAUGCCAGAUUUGUAGACAACAAUUUGAAUCAAGACAAACAUAUUUAGCACAUUAUCGUUCACAUCUUGAAAAUUCAGGUGAAGAUGAUAAAUCAGGUGUAAUUGAUUUUAAUCUUCUUGAUACCAAUGGUACGCGUUCUGGUGAACCACGUAAUUAUUCAUGUAAAAUAUGUUCAAAACGUUUCUCCAGAAGUGAUAUGUUAAAUAGACAUUUACGCUUACAUUCUGGUAUUCGUCCAUAUCGUUGUACAAUGUGUAAUACACAUUUCUCUCGUAGUGAUCAUUUAUCAACACACUUACGUACACAUACCGGUGAGAAGCCUUAUGUGUGUCCUGAAUGUUCUUAUGCUGCUUGUCGACGAGAUAUGAUUACAAGACACUUAAAAGUCCAUUCAAAACAGCGACCUGAACGAAAAAAUGCCACGUCAGGUUUAGGUUCAAGCAAUGAAUCGUGA